AUGAAGGAGAUAAAGCCAGGAAACGAGUCUCAAAGUGUAUUGAGAUUUUUGCCGACGGAGCAGGAUCAUGAUGCUUUGCUAAUAUGCAAAGCAGAAAAUCCUUCUAUGCAGCAAUCCCUUCUAGAAGAUAACUGGCAACUCGACAUAUUAUAUGCUCCUGUGGUCGACUUAAAAAUGGGUGCCGGAUUAGAUCCCAAUGAUAUAAAAGAAGGUGAUGAUGUGUACUUCGAGUGCGAGGUGCGAGCUAAUCCACCUGUAUAUCGCUUAGCCUGGUACCAUGAUGGUACAGAAUUACGACAUGAUUCGGGUGCCAGGGUCAUCAUUAGUGCCAACUCUCUGGCUUUGCAAAAAGUAACCAGAUAUUGGACAGGCGAUAUUACUUGUUUGGCAGCCAACACACAAGGCCGAACAUCCAGUGCUCAACUUUCACUAAGAGUUCGAUUUGCUCCGUUAUGCCGAGCUAGUGUUGGAGGCCUGAUUGGUGCCUCUCGGCACGAGGCGAUCGCCCUGACGUGCGAGGUUGAAUCGGAUCCGGCGCCUCGUUCCUUCCGCUGGACGUUCAAUAAUUCGGGCGAGCAGAGGCCGCUCAUCACGCCCGCACAGCAGAACGAGCACGGGCCGGUCAGCGUGCUGCGAUACACGCCCGAGAGCGACCUCGACUACGGAGCGGUCAACUGCUGGGCGGAGAACGCCGUCGGUAGACAGCGAACGCCGUGCGUUUUUCAUCUGGUGCCCGCGGGGCCACCGCUGCCACCAUCGAACUGCACUAUGUCUAAUCGUUCAGCCGAUCUCGUCUUAAUCGAAUGUGCCGAGGGCUUCAACGGUGGCUUAUCUCAGAAGUUUGUCCUAGAAGCCUUUCCAGUUGUGGGUUUAUCACGAGGACUUUCUCAUCCACGGGAUACCAAUAAUAGACAGUCAUCGGUUUCCGCUACGCCAGUGUUUGUCGUGAACCUGACACCUGGCGGUCCACCUGUGCGACUUAGGUUGUACGCCGUGAAUACUCUAGGACGUAGCGACAGUGUCGAUGUAGGUGUAUUCGAGCCCAGACAUGCUAGUUCAGCUGAUGAACAAGGUCAUUCGAGUGAGUCAGAAUCAGCCAUGGCGGGACCCUUACUGGCUGGGUUGGUGUUGGCCGCGUCCGGAGUACUGGCCGCUUUAUGCGUGGUCGCCGGAGCUCUACAUGGAAAACGAAGGACGAGAGAGCAAGCCAAGCACACGAGGAUACCGCAAAAUGAACAAUAUCGCAUUCCAUUUCAGGCCAUCGUCGCAUCGAGUUCGAGCGCUUCAAAGGAUGUUUCGCGGAAUGCGUUGGACGAUUUUGAAGAACCUGAUAUCAUUUCGAGGACUCAGCGAAGUGGUGGUGCCAACACGACCGCCACUGUAUUGAAUUUGACGAAACCUCCAGCCGAAUCAGAAUGGACCGUGCACAAUAGUGCAGUGCAAAUUACAGGAAUAUCAUGA